UUUAUAUUUUCCUGCAAGUUAUAUUUUCCGGAGAUUAAUUAUUAUAUUUUCCGGAAUCUUUUUAAUAAUUAUUAUUUUCCGGAAAACACAUUAAAAAUUAAAUUUUAAUUUUUUGGGAGUCUUUAAAUGCUUUUAUGGCACUUGGCCGGCAAGCAUGGCUAGAAGCAAGAAAUACAUUACAAUCAAUUCUGUCUGAUACAAAUUCUGUUCUGAGAGAUGAUGAUAAUUUGAGGAAGCUUGCUUUUGUUAACAGAAGCAAGGCUACAAUGCACUUACCAGCAAAUAUAGGUGACUACACAGAUUUUUAUUCUUCUAUUCAUCAUGCAACAAAUGUUGGAAUAAUGUUUAGAGGAAAGGAUAAUGCUCUUCUUGAAAAUUGGAAGCAUCUUCCCGUUGGCUACCAUGGAAGAGCUUCAAGCGUUGUUGUUUCUGGAGUCCCUGUUCGCCGUCCAUGGGGACAAGUAAAAGCAGAUGAAGCAAAAGAACCCGAAUUCGUUCCAAGCAGAUUAAUGGAUUUUGAAUUGGAAAUGGCUUUUUUUGUUGGUGGAAAAGAAAAUGAAUUGGGGAAACCUAUACCUAUUGAAAAUAUUGAAGAACAUAUUUUUGGAAUGGUUUUGAUGAAUGAUUGGAGUGGUGGGGGAAUUUUUUUAAUUAAAAAAAAGUAUUAA